AUGGUGUCUAGUACGCAAGAUUUUGUGAUAUGUAUGGGGGACUUUAAUGCAGUAUUAACGGGAGAAGAUAGAAUAUAUGGUAAGCCAGUGCAUGAGAUGGAAAUAAAGAAUUUUAAUGAUUUCAUGGUUGAUGCAGGCAUGACAGAACUGAAGGCAAUAGAAAGAGGAUAUACAUGGUCAAAUGGGUGUAUAUGUAGUAAAAUUGAUCAUGCAGUGGUGAAUGCUGAAUGGAUGUUGAAUAUGAGACGAAGAGAAAUUAUUAUAAUGCAACCUGGUACUUCUGAUCACUCUCCACUGAGCCUGGAGCUAGACAGUACUGAAAACGUCAAUCAUAGGGCCUUUAAAUUCUUUUAUUGUAUUGCUAAUCAUCAUGAAUUCUUGCAUAGGGUGAAGAAAGCAUGGGGCGGUAGACAGAACAGGGAUUUGAAGAAAGAAAAAAUGAGAGAUCCAGCAGAAGUUUGCCAUAAUAGACAGCAGGAAAAAGAUUUGCAAGCACAGCUAGAGAAAUGGAGUAUGAUUGAAGAGAGUGUUAUGCAGCAGAAAUCCAAAAUUCAAUGGUUAAGGCUAGGUGAUGCAAAUACUGCAUAUUUCUAUGCACACAUGAAGAAUAGGAUGGUCCAAAACACUAUCAAAAGUCUUAUGACAUCGGAUGGUACUAUAGUCCAAACACAAGAAGAAAUAGAGCGUGAAGUGAGUACAUUCUACAGAAAUCUUCUUGGAAAGGUUGCUCAGGAGUUACCAAUACUAUAA